UGGCAAUACAGCUGAGUGUGUUCAGUGUGGGAGCUCUGCUUUUGCUGCUAUUUUUUCUGAUUGCACUAAUUUCUAUUUUUAACGCGAAACAAAACUAACAAUGCAGAACACAAAGGGACUAAAUCACGCCUGCUCCAAUAUGUUACUCAGCUAGUGUGUGGUAGCCCAUCCCUCUCUCUCCCUGGACCGCCAAGCUAUUUUCUCAUUGGCAACAUGAUGGAGUUAGCUCAUGAUCACCUGCCUAUUCACCUGACCAACCUGGCUCAACGCUAUGGAAGCAUCUACCGUCUCAUAUGUGGAAACACCACCAUUGUAGUUCUGAACAGCAGUGAAGUCAUCAGAGAGGCACUGGUGAAGAAAUGGUCAGAUUUUGCAGGAAGACCAGACUCUUACACAGGAAACGUAGUGUCUAGAGGGUGCUCCAUCUCCCUGGGUGACUACACUGAGGUAUGGAGGGCACAUCGGCGCUUGGUUCACAGUGCACUGCAGCGAUGCUCUCAGAAAUCUCUGCACGAAGUCAUAGAGAGGCAUGCACUGCACAUGAGAAGGGUAUUAAUGAACUAUAAAGGCACAGCGGUUGAUUUAUCUGAGGAUUUCACUGUGGCUGCAAGUAAUGUCAUCACUACUCUGGCUUUUGGAAAAGAGUAUGAUAAAAGUUCCCCUGAGCUGCAGCAUUUGCACACUUGUCUGAAUGAGAUUGUGGCUCUGUGGGGCUCGUCGUGGAUCUCUGCCCUGGACUCUUUCCCGCUGCUCAGAAAACUACCAAAUCCUGUGUUUGCACGCCUUUUGAAAGAGGUAGUGCGGAGAGAUGAUAUCAUACAAAAACAUCUCAAUGAUUAUAAAUCCCUAAAAAAUAAAAGUGAAGAUGCUAUAACUGGUUCAUUACUGCAUGGUCUUGAACAGAACACGAUGCUCACAGACACUCAUGUUCACAUGGCCACUGUGGACCUUCUCAUUGGAGGAACUGAGACCACUGCGGCCUGGCUAAACUGGACCAUAGCCUUUCUUCUGCACAGACCAGAGGUGCAGAGCAGAGUGUAUGAGGAGAUGUGCACGGUGCUGGAUGGACAGUACCCCAAAUAUAGCGACAGACACCGACUGCCCACCCUCAACGCUCUGAUCCACGAGGUGCUCAGGCUGCGGCCAGUUGCUCCUUUAGCAGUGCCUCACAGGGCCAUCAGAGACAGCAGCAUCGCGGGUUAUUUCAUCCCGAAAAACACAGUGAUCAUUCCAAACCUCUUUGGCGCUCACCAUGACCCUGCAGUUUGGCCUGACCCAUACAGCUUCAGACCAGAGCGCUUCUUGGAGGGAAGUAAUGCCACUCGGGCCCUGGUCCCAUUUGGAGGAGGGGCACGUCUCUGUUUAGGGGAAUCUGUGGCCAAAAUGGAGCUGUUCCUCUUCACUGCGUACCUGCUGAGAGAUUUUCAAUUUGUUCUUCCUGACAAAGUCCCUGCACCAGACCUGAUGGGUGUGGCUAGUGUCGUGCUGAAGGUCAAACCAUUCAAAGUCAUAGCACUGCCAAGACUGGGACAUUUCAGCUAAAACUGAAUUAUGUAAGCCUACCAAGUUACAUUUGUCUAUGAACUAUGAACUAUGAAAACCCUUAUACAUGUCAUAGAGAAGAGGACUGUCUGAAAAGACAUAAAGCUAUAGAGCUAGUAGCAACAUAUUUUUUUAUAUUUUCUAUCAACCACAUGUCAGUCUUACUGUGGCCUGCAGGUUGAGAUGGCAGUUUACAGACAGACUGCUUGUUUAGAUUCAGAUUACUCUCUCUUUUUUUUUUUUAUUAAAAUCUAAAUUAGAAUGUUGUUUCCUCAUCAAAAACAUGCCUGGACUUGUGUUUUGUUUCAUUCACACAUGUUUAACAAACAAACCUUGCACAUUUAGAGUGAGUUCUUCUCUCACACACAGAAAACACUCUGUUCCACCUUGUGAUGUCACAUAGUGAUACAGAAAGUGCUCCACUGUGUUUUUAAACUCCAUACACCUUCACUCAAAUAAUUACAAUUACUUCAGAUCUGAA